AUGCCAGCCCAAACUGCCGGGCGGAUCGCCCUCCUCACUACCGGUCUCAUCGCUACCGGUUGCCUCGGCUAUGCCGUCUACUUUGACUACAUGAGGCGCCACUCGGCAGACUUCAGACGAAGCAUCAAGAAGCAGCACGAUGCCAUUGCCGCUGCCGCUGAAGAGAAGAACAAGACCGAGAGGGAGCGGAAUGCCCGGGCACUCCUUGCAGUACUGGACGACAUCCAGACCGAGGCCCCACCUAUCUCGCCAGAACAGCAGGAGGUUUACUUCCAGGAGCAAGUAGCUCAGGGUGAACAGCUGGCAGUGAUGGGUCCUGAACACCACGUUGAAGCCGCUUCCCGAUUCUAUCGCGCCCUCCGGGUCUACCCCGCCCCCAUCGAGCUCAUUCAGAUCUACAAGAAGGUCGUCCCUCCUCCCGUCUUCAACAUGGUCAUUGAACUCACCAUGAUAUCCGAGGCCCGCAGCGCUGCUGGCGGCGACUUUGCCAUGCCCCCUCAGGCCGCACCCAGCAUCGAGGACCUGGACGACUCGAGCCCGCCCUCCUCGUCGAGCCCAAAGGCGGACUCGGCGACUAGCGGUACGAGCUGGGAGAAGUUGGACGCUGCGUAA